UUGUAUUUUAGUGAAAUGGAUCCAAAGGCAUUGGACAAAUUGUUGAAGGCUCAACAGGAGUAUUUUGAGAAAUUGUUAGUGAACCUGCUGAAGCCGAGUGAGAUGAACGAAACCGAACUCUACAGCAAAUUGGUGGGGAUGAUCGGUGAGUUUAGUUUUGAUUUGACGAGUGGUAUGACCUUUGAGUCUUGGUUGGGCAGGCAUCCGGCCGCGAGUAAAAACAUAUGA